UUCAAAGGCAGGGAAAGGGUGAGACCUUUCAAAGACGCCAAGUGGGCCAGCUUCCAGCAGCAGUCUGGGACUGAGAGAGCAGCAGAGCUGAGAAGCUGGGCGGCGGGACUUGGGCCUCGCGUUUCAACUUUGUUCAGUUCUCCUGUAAUGGAAAACUGCUUCGCACAAAGCUAGGGUGUUACAGUUCUUUCCAGAGCCCCUCCCCCACCCGCCCCACCCCUCGGCAGCCUUUGGAUCAGAGGGACAGACCGCGCCUGCAGGAAGGUGGAAAGAGGAUAGUCCUGGCUUCUUACUAUGUCCCUUGCUUCUGGCCCUGGCCCUGGAUGGUUACUCUUUUCCUUUGGCAUGGGGCUGGUAUCGGGAUCAAAGUGUCCAAAUAACUGCCUGUGUCAAGCCCAAGAAGUGAACUGCACAGCGAGGCACUUAACGGAAUACCCCCCUGACAUUCCCCUGAACACCCGGAGGCUGUACCUACAUGAUAACAGGAUCACUAGUUUGCCAGCCAUGCAUCUAGGACUCCUCAGUGACCUUGUUUACCUGGACUGUCACAACAACCGGAUUCGAGAGGUGAUGGAUUAUACCUUCAUCGGGGUCUUCAGACUCAUCUACCUUGACCUGAGCUCCAACAACCUAACCUCCAUCUCCCCCUUCAGUUUCUCAGUGCUCAGCAACCUGGUGCAGCUCAGCCUUGCCAAUAACCCUGGCCUGUCAUCUCUUGACAAGUACACCUUUGCCAACACCAGCUCUUUGAGGUACCUGGACCUCAGAAACACUGGCUUGCAGACCCUGGACCAUGCUGCCUUGCACCACCUCACGGUCCUCCAGACCCUGUACCUGAGUGGAAACCCCUGGAAGUGUAACUGCUCCUUCAUGGACUUCGCCAUCUACUUAAUAGUGUCCCAUCUGGACCCCCCAGAUAAUGAAAAUGCCACGUGCGUGGAGCCCACGGAGCUGGCAGGGUGGCCCAUCACACGAGUGGGGAACCCACUUCGGUACAUGUGCCUCACGCACCUGGACCGCCGGGACUACAUCUUCCUGCUGCUCAUCGGCUUCUGCAUCUUCGCCGUAGGCACGGUGGCUGCCUGGCUCACCGGCAUGUGCGCUGUGCUCUACCAGAACACCCGCCGCAAGGCGAGCGAGGAUGAGGCCGACGACGAGGCGGGGCACGGAGCGGAAGUCACCAGGCGGAUUUUUCACACCAAGGAAAAGUCGGGCCAGGGUGGGUUCCCUCAGCUGAUUUAGCUGCCAGAGACCACCGCUGUGACUUCCCCAGCUCCCGCCUCUCUCUCCCUCCCCACAUCACCACCGCUGAAAUAUUAGACCAUGAAGCCUCCCGGUAAAAUAAACAAAAUGGUGAUGGCUUCCGAGGUUGUCCUUUUCUGUAGCACCAAGUCUAGAAAAAUCAUUGGAUGCAUCUAAAUGCCAAGGAAGCCCAUCCCAAAUCAAGUCAACCCAUGUUUAGUGGCCACCAACUAUGUCCCCAAACUAAGUGCAGGAGGGAAGGAUACAAGAAAUACAAGAUUAAGAAAUUCCUCCAACAGCAAACCUUCUGGCGGGGAAAGCAAGAUUAAGACCCAUCUCCAUGGGCCAUCUGUGCAUGCCAGCUUACUGUCAGUGUGGCUUAAUGGUGAGAAAACGAGGCCUGGACGGCUGAGACAACUGGCCUGGUGACCCAAAUGGUAAACAACACAGCUCCCAAAAGACCCCAUUCCCCCUUCACAUCAACCUGCCUCCCUAGAAAACAGCAACUCAACCAAGAGCUUAUCAUAGAAGCUUUGCUCAAAACAAAGGUGUAAGGCAUGCAGGGACAACCACAUUUACUGAGUGCUUACCAACUGCCCAGAAUCACAUCCCGCUUUGGACUUCCUCACUGCAUUCACCCUCACAACAGCCAAGUCAGGGGCUACCUUCACAUGCUGAGGUUUAGA